AUGACCGCCCGUCUGGUCUUGGUCAUUGGUGACCUGUUCAUCCCUGACCGAGCUCCUGACCUCCCGGCCAAGUUCCGCAAACUCCUGACCCCCGGCAAGAUCGGCCAGAUCCUCUGCCUGGGCAACCUGACCGACCGCGACACUUAUGAGUUCCUUCGCCAGGUCGCCCCGGACCUGCAGAUGGUCAAGGGUGACUAUGAUGUCGAUUCACCUAACCUCCCACUCUCUAAGGUCGUGAACCAUGGCAGCCUGCGCAUUGGUUUUACCCAUGGACACACCAUCAUCCCACCCGGCGAUGCAGACGCGCUGCUGAUUGCGGCCCGGCAGAUGGACGUUGAUAUUUUGCUUUGGGGUGGCACCCACCGGUUCGAGGCAUUUGAGAUGGAAGGCCGCUUCUUUAUCAAUCCAGGCAGCGCGACUGGUGCCAUGAGCUCGGGCUUCUGGCCGGAGGGCGAGGAGCCUACACCGAGCUUCUGCUUGAUGGACAUUCAAGGUGAUGUGCUUGUGCUAUACGUCUACCAGCUUAAGACAGACGCCAAUGGAGUCGAGAACGUAUCGGUUGAGAAGGUUUCCUUCCGCAAGAACCACGCUCCGGCACCAGCAACAGUGCCGGUCUCCUGA